UCGUGGACGCUCCCUGGGCAAACUACUGGAAGCACAGUUUGUGUACGACCCGGUCAGAGGGGUUUAGCUGGACUGUCGUUGGACUGGAAGUAGAGCAGACAAGCCAAACAAAGACUUGUAUGAAACACACGGACAUGAUGACAGAAAGAAAGAUGGACAACCUGAUGAGCCACGGGAGAGAACAAUGUGAAUUUUCAUCCUGCCAUUAGUCUCUGUCAGCAGCUGUUUUACACAUAACACGGUUUGCUUUUAAGUCCUACAAAUUCUCAGGAAAGUGGUGUGUUGUAUUCCCUGGCUUGGCAUGGACAGCAGUGACCCACAUGAAGACGAAAGAGGAGGUGGAAGGAAAGAGAGCGAUGGAGAGAACGAUAAACAGCUGAAGAACCAGCUCAACAGCGAGGAGAAAGGAGAGAAGGAGAUCAAAGGGAACGAAACAGAGAAGAAGAAAGAGAGCCGACGUUCCGGGUCUCUGUGGAGGAAUGGAUGGGCGCUGAGUGAAAGACUGGCCAUUAAUGUCUCAGGGAUGCGUUAUGAAACUCAGCUUCGCACCUUAGCCCAAUUCCCUGACUCCUUGCUUGGUGACCCCAGGCGAAGGUCGCGGUACUUUGACCCGCUUCGUAACGAGCUCUUCCUGGACCGCAAUCGGGCCUGCUUCGAUGCCAUUUUGUAUUUUUACCAGUCAGGCGGGAGGCUUCGGAGGCCGGCCAACAUACCCCUGGACAUCUUCAUGGAUGAGCUGCUCUUCUACGAGCUUGGAGAGGAGAUCAUGAACCGCUUCAAGGAGGACGAAGGUUUUCCGAAAGAGGAGGAGAGCUCGCUGCCGACCAACGAAAUCCAGAAAAGACUGUGGAUGCUGUUUGAGCAUCCCGAGUCCUCAUCGGGCGCACGUAUCAUAGCAAUCAUCAGUGUUAUGGUCAUUGUGGUGUCCAUCCUCAUCUUCUGCCUGGAGACGCUUCCCGAAUUCAGGAAUGAGAAAGAGUCACGAGAGGAAUAUUUCUACAAGUACCACGGCCUUGCAAAAAAUAUAUCCCAGAACAUGCCUCCUCCUCCCAGUGUUUUCACUGACCCAUUCUUCCUGGUGGAGACCAUAUGUAUAUGCUGGUUCUCCUUUGAGCUCUUCAUGCGCUUCACUUGCUCACCCAGCAAGACAUCCUUCUUCAAGGAUGUUAUGAACAUCAUCGAUUUCAGUGCCAUCCUGCCCUAUUUUGUCACUCUGGGAACAGAGCUGGCCAAAGACAGUGAUGCCUCUCCAGCCACAUCGCUGGCCAUCAUCAGAGUCAUCAGGUUAGUGAGGGUGUUCAGGAUCUUCAAGUUGUCUCGUCACUCAAAGGGCCUCCAGAUCCUUGGUCAGACACUCAGGGCCAGCAUGCGUGAGCUGGGCCUGCUAAUUUUCUUCCUAUUUAUUGGCGUCAUCCUCUUCUCCAGCGCCAUCUACUUUGCUGAAGCUGACCACACCAACACAGCCUUCAUCAGUAUACCACACGCCUUCUGGUGGGCGGUUGUCACCAUGACCACAGUUGGCUAUGGUGACAUGUACCCUGAGACAGUGUGGGGUAAAUUGGUAGGCUCAAUGUGUGCUAUCGCUGGUGUGCUUACCAUCUCGUUGCCAGUGCCUGUCAUAGUGUCCAACUUUAGCUACUUCUACCACCGGGAGACUGAAUGCGAGGAUCAAACCGAGUACACUCAUGUCAAGACAGAUCUGUGGGAUGACAAGGAGCCAGAAGAAGAAGAAAUGGAAGAAGGGGAUAGGGAUCCAGAGGGAGAUUAUUAUGCCAUUGAGGGCAUCUGCAACCCUUUGAAUGGGACUCUACUUGGUGGACUGUGUACAGGGCAGAGCCCAGAGUUCAGAGGAGGAAAUAUGUAUCUGAGGGAACCACUGGUUACCCAAGUGUAGGGAGGGUUGUUUUAUACCUCUUUUAUACCUCUUGACAAGGACAAAACAAGGAAAAUGAAGCGAUAGAAUAAAGCCCAAUGAACCUGGUCAGGUACUGAAGAAAGUAACUGGGAAUUCAUGAUGUAAAACUACAUACAGCACUAACAUGGCUACUAAAUACUUUCUAUUGCCUUUUCUUGUUCAUUUACAGGUAUUUUGCAGCACUAGUCAGUCAAAUAUCACUGAAGAGAAACUUUUGUACAAUAAAGCUUCGAAAAACAAGAAAAAGCCAGUGAGUUUUAUAUUCUCAGGGUCAUGAUAUAAAUAUAUUAUGAGCUGUUAUUUAUUAAUGCUUUCAGCUUUUGUUAGAGAUGAAAAUGACUUUCUGAAUGUUUGUUCUGUGCCUUGAAACUAUGAUGUCUUAGUACUGUCACUUUGUGGCUUAAAGCACCAGUGUGUGGGAUUUGGUGGCAUCUGGCAGCGUGAUUAUAUUCGCUGUUAGUGAAAUGUGAGGCCCACUUUAAGGUCGGUGCUAGGUUGAAACGUGGAUCAUUCUAAGAUAACGAAAACACUACAAUUCUUAGGCCCAAUCCCAAUACAGCCCUUGUCCUUACCACUCAGUCCUUCCUCUCGUUUUGGGCAUUUACGCCUAGGUGUCCCAAUUGUUGUUUAGACAGAGGGGUAGGGUGAUGGAGGUUUUUCCGAGACACAACUAAGAACACUCUGUCUUUUCGAUGUAUUAUGGUUCUUUUCUUUGUAAUGAGAACAAUCACUACUAGUUUGCUGAUGUCAGUAGCUAACUAGCUAGCUAGCUUGCUUACUUUACAUUUCACAGAUUUGUGCAUGAUAGUCCUGCGUUUUGACUUAUUUGGUCUGACACUGAAGAUGCUGCACUAGGGAGCAAUCCUAAUGGCUGCCAGCAGCCAGGUGAUGAAGCAGUGAUUUGAUAACUUAAUUGUUUGUGAACGUUUUUCUAUUUCCAUCAGAUAAAUGGCAUUGUGAUAAUAACAGCUGUGUCCAUCUACGUAAAUGCCAUCUACGACAACUGAUGACUAUGAGGGUCUUUAAGAGUUGUCCCAUAUCUUGGGGGAGAUUUAAUCCACCACCCUUUGUAACUGUUCUGAGGGCAAGGAGGCUCUUAAAAACAAGGGCAAUGGGUACAAAUUGGAAAUGUAAAUGGAGUUUACAUGUAGUUUCAGUUGAUUAUAAACUAAUGAAAACGUAAUUGAGUAUUGUAUAUCAUAUCUGCCUAAAGAUCCCUCUGAAUUCUACACACUGGACCUUUGAUGUUUGAAGUAGAAGCGGAUCGAUACUUUGCAAUGUAGCCAUCAUGUCUGAUCAAAACUCAACCAAAUAUACCAGCAAGAACUGCAGACGGAGUGAGAUCGCUCACAAACCCCACCCCACAUUCUCAACAUUCUCCUGUAAGUAAUGUACAAAGAUCACAUUUGUGUAGUUAAGUAGGCUAAUCUGACCUUAAGCGCCUGACAUGACCUUUAUCAAGCUGUAAUACAACACUGUAGCAUUACUUGAUGACACAGUGUUACCCUAACCCAUUGUGACUGCAAUGGCAAAAGUUCUGU